AAAUGUUCACAUUUUCGGUACCCAAGGAUCCGGUCUCGGUGCGGUUGGGACAUGUUGCCACCAUGCCAUGCUCGCUCACCCCUUCCAUGAACGCGGAGGGCCUGGAGGUGCGUUGGUACCGGCCCAAACAUUUCGACAACCCGGUCUUGCUCUACAGAGAGAGACAGAUCCAGGAAGCCUUACAGCAGGCCCAAUAUGUGGGCCGCGCCUCCCUUGGGCUCCGGGAGGUUACGUCAGACGGGCUGAAGGGAGGUGAUGUGACCUUGAAGCUGGUUAAUGUCACUCUGAGAGACCAAGGGGAAUAUGUGUGCUACGUCAGCAGUGACCAGGGCUAUGAGAGUGCCAGUGUCUUUCUCAACGUGACUGUGGUGGGCACUCCUCCUCUCCUCUCAGCAGUGAGAAGAGAUGCUGACUCUGUGAACGUGAGCUGUGUUUCCCAUGGAUGGAAGCCAAGGCCCAGCCUACAGUGGUCAGAUGGGAGGCAGACUCUGAAACCUGAAAGGCUGGACUACAGCAGUGGUGCCCAAGGUCUGGUGUCUGCCCACAGCUGGAUCCUCUCUUCCCCAUCCAGUGCUCCCUGGGUAUCCUGUUCUCUGGUUCUGUCUGAAGGGGAGGAGUGGGAGGGAAGAGUGGACCUACGGAACCUUGCAGCUGUACCAGAGACUUCAUCAGGACUGCAAACAGCUGUCAUCAUUUUAGCUCUGCUCCUGGUCCUGUUCGUGGUCUUCAUUGGUGUGCUCUACAAAAAGAGAGGAAGAGAAUCAACACCUGUGCCUAAAGGGGAUAUAGUGGAUAUGGAGACUAUGAGACAAGCUGAAGAUAUAGUGGAUAUAGAGACUAUGAGACAAGCUGGAGUGAAUGUCACACUGGAUCCCAACACAGCUCCUCCUUAUCUGACAGUUAGUCCAAAUGGUAAAUUUGUGAGAGACAGUUUAGAUCAUGUAUGUCCUCCGGGUGAACUUCCUUAUAUACUUGGAACACAUGGUUUUACCUCCGGCCGCAGUGCAUACUGGGAGGUGGGACUGAGUAAUGACAAUGUAGGAGUUAAAGAAUCCUGGUGGGUUGGACUGGCAAGUGGGUCUGAUACAAGACAAGUACCAGCCAUACCUUCCAAUGGUUUCUGGUUCCUGUCCUCAGACAAAGAGAAAGGCUUACGGCUUAAUAUGAUCCCCAACAUCCUACUUCCUGCCAAUCCUAGACCGCAGACACUAGGGGUGUAUUUGGACUAUGACGAAGGAGUACUCUCUUUUAUCAAUGUAAAAGACAAAAAAUAUAUUGUCACCGUGAGAGCUAUAUUCACAGGGGAGGUGUUUCCUCUUUUUAACCCAGGUAAAGGUGACGAAGCCCCUAUGACGCUAUUAGAUGUCAACCGCUAUAAAACACCCACUGUAAAAGUGUCUACUUCAGAGGGAGAGAGCGUUGUCUCCCCACCUGCAGAGACUGUUGCCCUUCUAGCUUCUAACCCAAAUCCCAAUCAUCAUGGUCACUAGAAAAUAUUAGAUUAUACUGACUGGUGCCAAGAGUAUGUGCAUUUUAAAUUUCUCUGAUCGUUAGGUAUACAAAACAAAUCAAAUCAAAUUGGAUUUGUCACAUACACGUCUUUAGCAGAUGUUAUAGCGGGUGUAGCGAAAUC